ACAAUGAAUGUCACCACAAUAUCAACCGUAUCGAAUGCCACACAAGCCGCUGUGGACAGUAUACAAAAUCAUGGCCAAAAACAUCAGACCACAUAUAAAAUUGAAAUGCUCGACGAUAGUAUGGCCUCCGACGAUGACGAUGAUGAUUUAAUUAGCAGUGAUGGCAGUAUUUUCGAUGAAAAUGAAUUAGCCGCCGUACAGGAUGAUUUGGCCAAUCAAUUGGCCGCUGCCGGUCCGGUGGGAGUAGCGGCUGCCGCUGCCAUUGCAUCAUCGAAGAAGCGCAAAAGGCAACAUUCGUUCGAAACGAAUCCGUCGGUGCGUAAACGACAACAGAAUAGGCUAUUGCGUAAAUUGCGCGGUAUAAUCUAUGAAUUUACAGGCCGUGUGGGCAAACAGGCUGUGGUGUUGGUUGCCACACCGGGUAAACCCAAUACAAGUUAUAAAGUAUUCGGUGCCAAACCGUUAGAAGAUGUAGUACGUAAUCUUAAGAAUAUUGUUAUGGAUGAGCUGGAGAAUGCUUUAGCCCAGCAGGCACCACCGCCACCACAGGAAGAUCCAUCGCUCUUUGAAUUGCCACCAUUGAUUAUUGAUGGUAUACCAACACCGGUGGAGAAAAUGACCCAGGCCCAGUUGCGGGCAUUUAUCCCAUUAAUGUUGAAAUAUUCCACGGGGCGGGGUAAGCCGGGUUGGGGUCGUGAGGCCACACGGCCACCAUGGUGGCCCAAAGAAUUGCCCUGGGCUAAUGUGCGUAUGGAUGCCAGAUCUGAAGAUGAUAAACAAAAGAUUUCCUGGACACAUGCAUUGCGUAAAAUUGUCAUCAACUGUUAUAAAUAUCAUGGUCGCGAAGAUUUACUACCCACAUUUGCCGAUGAAGAUGACAAAGUCUCACAAUUGAUCUCACACGAAGAGGAUGAGGAGGAAGAAGAGGUGAUUGUACAGCCUGUCAAUAAUAACAAUAAUACUACCACUACUAUACAAACUGUAACAAAUGCUCCAACUAAUAAUACAACAACUAAUGUAAGGCAACAAGUAAAUGUGGUUAAGAUAAAUAGUUCGGGCACUGUUAUAACCACAACAAAUCCACAUAAUCCCAAUAAUCCUGGACCGACAAUUAUACAGAGUACGAAUGAUCAACAUAUAACCACCACGGCGAGAUUACCAGCAUCGACAAAAAUAGAAUUGUGUCCAGCACCGAUAACACAAAUUACAACACAUCAUCAGCAGCAGCAACACCAACAACAGCAGCAUCAUCAGCAACAACAACAGCAUCAGCAGCAACAACAGCAGCAGCAUCAUCAGCAACAACAACAACAGCACCAGCAGCAACAACAGCACCAGCAACAACAACAUCAUCAGCAGCAACAACAUCAUCAGCAGCAUCAUCAACAACAGCAGCAACAACAUCAUCAGACUCAACAUCAACAGAUUCAUACCACAACGAAUGCUGCCCAGACCAUUGCUAAUGCCCAAGUUUGCAUAGAACCCAUGACAUUGGGAGAUGUUGAUUACACCACCCAAACGGUAUUAUCUACCAUACAAAAUGCCGAUGGCACAGUAUCUCUGAUACAGGUUGAUCCAAAUAAUCCUAUUAUUACAUUGCCCGAUGGUACAACAGCUCAGGUUCAGGGUGUUGCAACGCUCCAUCAAGGCGAAGGUGGUGCCACCAUACAAACCGUUCAAAGUCUUGCCGAUGUUAAUGGUCAUGAAAAUAUGACUGUUGAUUUAACUGAAGCCACUGUCGCCCAAGAUGGACAAAUUUAUAUUACCACGGAGGAUGGUCAAGGUUAUCCCGUCUCUGUUAGCAAUAUGAUAACAGUACCCGUCUCAGCAUCCAUGUAUCAAUCGAUGAUGGCCAAUAUACAACAAAUCCAUACAAACAGUGAUGGUACUGUUUGUAUAACACCAAUGCAGGUUGAAAACGGCGAUCAGCUGGAAACAAUCAACAUAUCACCCGGCAUGCAUCAAAUGAUGAUACAAGGUGCACCCGGUGAACAGCCGCAAGUUUUACAAGUUGUUAGCCUAAAAGAUGCCACACUGCUGUCGAAAGCCAUGGAGGCAAUUAAUAGCGGUAAUGUCAAAGCAGAUGAUACCAUUAUAAUGGAACAAUAGAAUACGGCAUUUGCCAAAACGAUGGCACAACAAUUGAGAAC